CUCGCACACGUUUUGCCCUUUGAUCUCAACCCUCACGCUCGCCUUGGCCUCCAUUCUUCGAUAACUGCUCGUCCUCAGCUCUAUAACAUUGCCAGAACAUGGACUUAUUGGGCUCAGUAUUCGGCUCUUCCUCUUCUCUUAUAGAUGGUGCAAAACUUGUCCUAAUUGGCGGGACUAUUGAGACUGCUCGCCGAGUCGGCCAGUCUGCCUGGUCGUCAUUCUUGUCAUCGUUCUACUUGACUGCGCAUUUCAGUGAGGAUGACUACCCGUAUGACUGGUUACAGUACUGGUUACAGCGCCAACCGCAAUGGCGUUCUUCCCGCGAGUUCGAGACUACUACUCGGACAAUAACAGUCGGUAGCAAGGACGAAUACUUAUAUGAGGACUACGAGCCUCGGGAUCUCAAGGAAGAAGAGACACCAGGCAAGCAAAAGGUGCACGUCGUCUUUCAGCCAACGUUUGACUCUACCAUCGGCAUUUACUAUCGUAAACAUUGGUUGCGAGUGCGGAGAUGGGCGAACAAUGGGACAGAGCAUCUAUCCAUUUCUGUGAUCGCUCGCAACAACUCAGUUUUGAAGCAGCUGGUCCUGGAGGCUAAGAAGAUGUACGAGGCGGAUGCUGAGCACCGAGUGAAUAUUUACUUCGCUGACUCGCAUGGGUCUUGGCGGUGGACCGAUUCUCGAGGAAAGCGGCCAUUGGGUUCCAUUGUUCUGGAGAAGGGUGUGAAGGAAAUGCUGCUGGCAGAUUGCCGUGAUUUCCUCAAGAGUGAGAAAUGGUAUGCAACCCGCGGUAUUCCAUUUCGACGAGGUUACUUGCUUUAUGGUCUUCCGGGCUCCGGUAAAACAUCACUAAUCCAUGCCCUUGCUGGGGCUCUGGGUCUCGACAUCUACGUCGUCUCAUUAUCCGCCUCCUGGAUCAACGAUGCUACCCUGUCCCAGCUGAUGGGCCGUGUUCCUGCACGAUGCAUUGUCUUACUCGAGGAUCUAGACGCAGCGUUUACGCGCUCUGCGACCCGAGAUGAUGACUCAACUGGUGCCCCUGGUGGCAAGAAUGCCGGCGAGAACGUCGAGGAGCGUCACAUGUCAGCUUUUUCGCGCCGCCGUGACUUCGUCCCAGACUACAACACAUUGUCACUCUCUGGUCUGUUAAAUUCUUUGGAUGGUGUAUCUGCGCCGGAAGGCCGAUUAUUGUUCGCCACGACGAAUCAUCUUGAGCGCCUUGACCCUGCGCUCACUCGUCCAGGGCGAAUGGAUAUCUGGAUCGAGUUCAAGUAUGCCAGCAAAUGGCAGGCUGAGCUCCUCUUCAAGAACUUCUUUUCGGAGAUGGACGAUGCACCUCAGCCUACGGAUGAGGAGAUCGCUGCAAUGCAAAAGGAGUUUGCUCUUUUGGAGGCACAAGAGAAGGAGGCAGGUAAAGUCUCCUUCGUCCCGAAGGACCGCGUGACUUCCCCAACUGCUGGCGCUGAGGCCAUGGCUGCCGCUACCGAGGCCGCUACCGAGGCUAAGGAGAAGCUGAAAGAGGCGGAGGAUAUUCUGCCACUCCCUGUCCUUGAGCAACCCACUGGUCCUUUAGACCCCGAGAAGUUGAACGACUUUGCUCGCAAGUUCGCUGCUGCCAUCCCUGAUAAUGAGCAUUCCGUCGCCUCUCUCCAAGGCUACCUCCUCCGUAAUAAGAGCCGACCAGAAGCCGCUGUUGCCGAGGCACCUGCAUGGGUCCAGUCUGAGCGUGCACUCAGGGUUCGGUUAAAGAGGGAGAAAGAAGAACGUGAGGCGAAGAUGGCAGUCGAGCGCGAGAAGCGCCGAAAGGAGCGAGAAGAUGCCAAGAGGCGAGCAGAACGUGAAGAGGCUCGUCGCAUCCGUGAGGAAGAAGCUCGUAUUCGCAAGGAGGAUGAAGAGUUCGCCGCUGAGGAGAAGCGUCUUGCCGAGGAAGAGGGAAAGAGAAAAAAAGAGGAGGCGGCGGAAAAGAAGGAAGGAGAGAAGCCAGAUGAUGAGAAAACCACCACCGAGAAAGACAGCACUUCUUCGGCCUCUGCCACGGCUGAGAAAACUUCAACGUCGGCAUCUACGGAUACCACUUCUGCCACGGGCACAUCAACUCCUGCCACUUCGACACCUGAUUCCGAGCCUGAGGUCGACGCUAGCAUUGUUCUCGUUAAACCUGAACCAUCCACUUCUUCCGCUUAGGAGCACGUGUAUCUCAACACCUAACGACCUUUUUUUCUUCUCUUUGGACCACUCAUUGGCAAAUUGUGUACGCUCUAUCUUUGGAAGGUCAAAGAACCUGAAUG